CAUAGCAGAACAUAAAAUCGUAGACAUGUAUCGUUUUAGAAAGUAAGAUAUGUUUUGAGAAAAUAAAAACCCGAGGACGUCAUCUUGUCAAAGACAUUCAAGAAUCGAUAAAAGAUGGAAGAUAUACAUAAAGAAAAUGGAAACAUUAUUUCAUGAAACAGAAAUACGAACACACAAUGUAAACUUGGUCAAUCAAUUAUAAAAGUCUUCGACAAUGGCUACAAAUGACUCGUAUGGUGGAUAUGAACAAGAGAGAUUUCUCGAUAAAGUUGAUCCAAUAUUUGAAUGUCCUAUAUGUUUUACAAUAUUUAAAGAUCCUGUUCAAUGUCUAAACGAACAUUAUUUCUGUCGCACUUGUAUCGAAAGAUACUUGUUAACUUCUGAUAAAUGUCCUGAAUGUCGAUGUCAUCUCACUAGGGAGACAUUAAAGACAGCGAGGUUAAUGAGGGAAAUGUUAGAAAAUGUUGAUAUUCGCUGUGUGAAUGCCAACCGUGGUUGUCCUCAAACUCUAAAGCUUAAAUUUCUCCAACGUCAUGAGAAGAACUGUGGUUAUUCACCUACACCUUGUAGAAAUAAAGGUUGUGAUGAAAUCAUCAAUAAAAACGAGAUUGAAAAACAUGAAAAGGAACGAUGUGAGUUCCGUCUCAUCGAUUGUGAAGAAUGCAAAAAGAUUCUCGUAUUCAAGCAUAGGCGUUCUCAUUCAUGUUUCUUGAGGAAGGAGAUUGACGAGUUGACCAAAAGAUUGGAGAUGUUUCAAAAGAGUCAAGAUGACAGGGCAAAGCAUGUAGAAGAGCAAGUGAAGUUGGCUCGUGAUGAAAUGGUGACACAUGUUGAAGAGCAAGUGAGGUUAAGUCGUAAUGAAAUGACGUUUCUUACAACAGAAACGAGAGAAAGAUGUAAUUUUCUCACGGGAAAAGUAAAGAUUUUUGUUUGUGGAGGUUAUGAUGGCAAGAAUUGUUUAAAUUCAGUCGAGUCUUUCAACUGGGAUUUAAAUUGUUGGCAGCAGGAACCACAAAUGAAAGAAAAACGAUCUUCAGCAGCUGCAUUUGUUCAUGGUCGAGAUAUAUUCGUCAGUGGUGGUUGGAAUGGGAAACAAGAGUUAGGAAAUAUUGAAAGUUUAAAUGUGGAUGGAAAAUUGCAAUGGAAAAUAUCUCCUGUCAUGUUACGAAGAAAUUGUCUUGGACAUAGUAUGGUUUAUCAUAAUGAUAAGGUGAUUAUGAUUGGUGGAUGUACUAGUAAGGAAGCCUUUGAUACAAUCUACAGUAUUCAACUAAAUCCUCCACAUACGACAAAAUUAUUGAGGCUAAUACCAGAGCCAAGAUGUUACCAUGGCUCAAUUAUCAUUGGCGACGAUGUUUUAGUAUUUGGUGGGGCAACAUCUGCACAAUUCAAAGAUGUCAAAAACACUGUUUAUUCAUACAGUCUUAGUAAAAACGAAUGUAAAACCUUGGCUCCACUUCCAUAUCCUGUAAGUAACAUGGGUAUAGUCAGUUAUAAAGGUAAUGCAAUCUUGAUUGGAGGUUUAAAUGAUAAAGGUGAAAGACUAGAUAAAGUUUUGAUGUAUGAUGUGAAAACAGGACAAACUAAAAUGCUUCCCUCACUUAAUCAUAAAAGAUGUUCAUGUUCAGCAGUUAUCAUUGGAAAUAUUAUUGUUGUGGUGGGAGGAUAUAAUGGUGAAUCGUAUCUUGAUUCUGUUGAAUGUCUUGAUAUGAGUACAAACCUUUGGAGAGAUCUACCUCCUAUGUUGACAAAACGAAAUUUUCCUGCCCCAAUUGUUUCUCCAAUUUGUUAAAAAUUUCAUUACUAAAACAUACAUGUUUUAUGUUUUACUAAAAUAAUUUUUGGCAGUCGUAAAAUGAAACAACCAUUUUAGAAACUUAAGUCUGUAGUUUAAAGUACAACGUUUUUGCUGGGAAUAGGUUGCCUACCUCUUUUAUCCUAGAUAUUUUAAGAAAUGUCAACUUUCAUGAUGAGAUUUAUAUUACUGAUAAACUGUUAACAUGUACGUAACCUAAAUGCAAUGUAAACAAUUACCUGAAAGUUUCUAAAAACAUAUUUUGCAACAGCA